UCAGGCACUCGGUGUCAUCCCGAAAACAGGACUCAGGCCAAUCAAAGGCAACUUUACUCUCCUGGGCGGCCGCUCAUUGGUUGCUAGCCCAAAGCCUGUCCUGUUUUCCACAUUGGCUAGUGUCGCUGUCAGUCAGGGCCAGGGUCGAACCUUAUCCCACUCUUUGUCUGUGCGAGCUCUUGUUGUCUGGGAGAGUGGCGGAGGCGCUGCCGUCCAUUGGCCACAAGGAGAAACCUCUGUUCUGUUCCUAUUGGCGGAUCUGUCGGAGGACGAUGCUGAUUGGCAGGGCAGAGCAACCUCGGUCCUAGUUGGCAGAGCUCUCCCCGGAUGGAAGCUCCGGCCGCGGAGUGAUGGUGGCGGCAGCGAAGAUGGGCCGGGCAGGGACCAUGGCGGUGGCGGCAGAGGUGGCAGGGGAGGGGCGGCUGGCGGUAGAGGAGGCUGUGGUCUUCAGGGGACUGUAAGUGGAGGAAUGGCUCGGGCCAGCGGCGGGAACGGCAGCGAGGAGGCCUGGGGGGCACUUCGGGUGCCGCAACAGCAGAGUCCGGCAGCGUCUUCUCUUGAGGGAGCAAUUUGGAGAAGAGCUGGAACCCACACUCGCGCCCUGGAUGCCAUCCUUUAUCAUCCACAGCAAUCCCAUCUGCUUCGAGAGCUGUGCCCAGGAGUGAACAACCAGCCCUACCUCUGUGAGAGUGGUCACUGCUGCGGGGAGACUGGCUGCUGCACCUACUACUAUGAGCUCUGGUGGUUCUGGCUACUCUGGACUGUCCUCAUCCUCUUUAGCUGCUGUUGCGCCUUCCGCCAUCGACGGGCUAAACUCCGACUGCAGCAGCAACAGCGGCAGCGUGAGAUCAACUUAUUGGCCUACCACGGGGCGUGCCAUGGGGCUGGCCCUGUUCCUACCGGUUCACUGCUUGACCUUCGCCUCCUCAGCGCCUUCAAACCCCCAGCCUAUGAGGAUGUGGUUCACCGCCCGGGCACACCGCCGCCUCCUUACACUGCAGCCCCAGGCUGCUCCUUGACUGCUUCCAGUGAAUGCACCUGCUGCUCCUCUGCUUUUAGCUGCCCUGCCCACUUCGAGGGAACAAAUGUGGAAGGUGUUUCCUCCCACCAGACUGCCCCCCAUCAGGAGGAUGAGCCCGGGGCAGGGGUGAGCCCUGCCCCCACACCCCCCUCCUGUCGCUAUCGCCACCUGACCGGUGACUCGGGUAUUGAGCUCUGUCCUUGUCCCCACUCCAGCGAGGGUGAGCUAGUCAAGGAGGCUAGGGCUAGUGCUACCCCACCAGAUCUGGCGGACCACACCCCUUGUGCACUGCCCCUAACUCCGAUACCCCAGGUCUCUCCUGUGGGGCUGGCUUCCAGUGAAAGGGACAUCCCAUAAGUAGUUUGGGAGGGUAGGUGAGAUAUUUGCCCACCAAAAAGAUUCCUGAUCCCAACACUUUGAGUUCUUGGUCUCUCCCCAAUUCCUAGAAUCUGUCUGAAAGAGCUGGAGCUCUAAUGAGAGGGGCAGUGCUUGGGGGGACUGUGCUAGCUCUAUUCCCCCCCAAGACAUACACAGGAGCCUUUGAUCUCAUUAAAGAGAUGUGAACCA